AUGGCAUCAGACAAAGAGAUGGCUUCCGGGCAAUUUUUCGACCCCUCGGUCGUACUCCGCGUCGCGCCCUUGGUUUCAUCAACGUGCACUCUCCUGUUUGCUUGGGAUCAACACUUCUUCCUCAGCCUGUUCAACGAUACCCCAGCGCUGCGCAAGAAGAGCGCGCCGAUGCUGAAACCAUACUUCAACACCUUCUUCUCUCGCGGCGUCUUCAUCGUGCUGGGCUUCAUCGCCGUUUCGACCAGCACCGGUAUUGCGAAUUUGUAUAACCAGCCAGCGGCGCUACGAAUACGGAGCACUCUUUGGUGGUACGCUGCGGGCACGGCUAUGUCGGCGGGGCACUUGCUCUAUGUUCCGGCUGUUGCACCUCACGUGAAGGCUUUGGCUGAGGCGAAAGGGGAUGACGAUGUCAAUGGAAUUUUGGAUAAGUGGUUGAAGGCUAAUUGGUGGCGCAUGGUGACUGUUGAUCUCGGUGCUUGGGUUGCUUUCGGCGUUGCUGCGUUGAACACGUUGCGUGCCUGA